AUGUACGUCGGUGGGAAGGAGAUCACCGAAAAGAACUCAUGGGUGCUCGAGGGCGAUCGGAUGGUCCAGAAGCUGAUCAGAUAUUCACCAGCGCUGCUAAAGGUCUUUGAUGAGAUCCUGAUCAACGCGGCCGAUAAUAAGCAACGGGCGCCCGAGAUGGACACGAUUCGCGUGACGAUAGACAGAAAGUCGGGCACGAUUUCCGUUUGGAAUAAUGGCACCGGGAUCCCGAUUCGCGAACAUCCAAAAGAGCACGUCCCGAUUCCGACGCUUAUUUUUGGGUAUCCGAUGGUCUCCUCGCAUCUCGACGACUCGAAGACACGGAUUGUAGGCGGUCGCAAUGGCUACGGGGCGAAAGCGUGCAACAUCCUUUCCUCGUCUUUCAAAGUCCGGACCGGUUCCCGGGCCGACCAGAAGCUUUUCGAGCAGACCUGGACGGACAAUAUGGCGAAUAGGGAGGAGUUCAAGUUGUCGAAAUAUGAUGGCGAGGAUUUUACAGAGGUCAUCUUCACGCCCGACUACGCUUGGUUCGGCGUCCCGGGGCUUGAUGCGGACAUGAUAGCUUUGCUACACAAGCGGGUGCUUGAUCUCGCCGCUACGCUGAAUGGCGUUAAAGUCUACUAUAAUGGCCUCAGGGUUGAGUUUGUGAACUACUGUUGGCGAAUUGGACAGUUUUCCAGUUAUUGGCACGUAAUCGUGGGCAGCUCGACGAAGGGGAAAGCUUUGCAGCAAAUUUCAUUCGUCAAUAAUGUCCAUACUUCAAAGGGCGGCCGCCACCUCGACUAUGUGUUGAAUCAGAUUGUCGACGCGGUACAACAGCGAUUGGCCGAACUGGGUCAUCCGAAAAUACGGCCUUCCGAGAUUAAACCCCAUUUUAUCGUCUUCAUCAAUUGCCUGAUCGAGAACCCAUCGUUUCAGGCCCAGACAAAGGAAGAGCUGACGACUACUCCAAAACAUUUCGGCUCCUCCUUCGAGUUGGACGUCAAGAAGCUGCAGCAAUGGGCCGAGGAGGCGGGGAUUCUGGAAGAGAUUUUGUCGAAUACAAAGGCGAAUAAUCGUCCCAAGCGGAAACUGGCCACCGCCGAGGUGGAGAAGCUAAUUGACGCGAAUUGGGCGGGCAAGAAGAGGCGCGACGAGUGCACGCUGAUCAUCACCGAGGGCGAUUCCGCAAAAGCGUUUGCAAUGGCCGGGCUAGAGGCCAAAGGUCGUGAUCGCUUCGGGAUUUUGCCGAUUCGCGGGAAGCUGCUGAACGUGCAGGACGCGGCUGAGGCGCGGGUCUUCGCCAACAAGGAGAUUCUCGCGCUUUGUGCGGCGCUGAAUUUGGAUAAAAAUCGGACGUACGAAACGCAAGCCGACCUCGAUUCCCUUCGCUAUGGAAAACUGAUGCUGUUGGCAGACCAGGACGACGACGGCGCGCGCGUAAAGGGCCUCGUCAUCAAUUUCAUCGGCCACUUCUGGCCAGCUCUUCUGCGCACCGGCUUCCUUUCUAGCUUCGUGACGGCGUUGAUCAAGGCCCGUCGCGGCGCCGAGGUGAUGAACUUCUUCUCGCAGUCCGAGUUCCGCGGCUGGUUCGACCGGCAGCCGGACGCACACAAGUGGAAAAUCAAAUACUACAAGGGGUUGGGCACGUCCACCUCUCAGGAGGCGCUCGAGUAUUUCCGAAAUUUGGAGCAACAUGUCGUGCCGUUUCGCUGGAGCGCUGGUGACGAUGAGCAGCUACAGAUGGCUUUUGAUCCGGGCAAAUCAGCGGCAAGGAGGGGCUGGUAUCAGCGAAGGAAUACGCAGCUAGCCGAGCAGGGCGAUGAUGUCAAGGUGUUGCGGUCCAGCGACGGCAUCACCUACUCGGAAUUCGUCGACCAAGAGUUGUUUCGAUAUACGCUACUCAGCAUCCGGCGCCACAUCCCCAGCGUGAUGGACGGGCUGAAGCCGAGUCAGCGGAAGGUGCUGUACACCUGCUUGAGCCAAAGUCGCGACGCCGAAAGCAAAGUGUCGCAGUUGGCAUCGGCGGUCGCGUUGGCGCAAUCAUAUCAUCAUGCCGAGGCCUCCCUCGAGGGCACAAUCGUGCGACUGGCUCAGGAUUUCGUCGGCGCCAACAAUGUCCCGCUUCUGCUGCCAAUCGGCCAGUUUGGCACUCGAUUCACUGGUGGAGAGGACGCCGCUUCGUCGCGCUACAUUUACACCAAGUUGAGUCCCGUCACCCGGUUGCUGUUUCCGGCACAGGAUGAGCCGAGUCUGGAAUUUGUGGUUGAGGAGGGGCAACGGGCCGAGCCGAAAUGGUUGUGUCCCGUGGUACCUACCGUAUUGCUCAAUGGAUGCGAAGGACUGGCAACGGGAUGGUCCAGCUCGGUCCCGCCCUACAAUCCAAGCGACGUCAUUGGAAACGUCAGACGCUUGAUCCAAGGAAAACCGACGCACAAGAUGAUUCCGCACUUUCGAGGCUUCACAGGGGGCAUCGUGGCCGAGGAAGAGCCAAAUUCCUACAAAGUCCAAGGCGUCAUUCGUGUACUGAAAAUUCACGGUCCCGAGCGAACCCGUAUCUGCAUCACGGAGCUGCCGGCACGCGUCUGGACCGAGGACUACAGGCGCGAAGUGAUUGUUGCGUUGCAGAAAGAGGGCGUCAUCAAGGACCUCUCCGAGCAGCACACCGAGAACAAAGUGCACUUCGAAUUCGACCUCAUCCAUCCACCACUUUUGCCCGCCAACUUGCGCAUCGCCGGGAUGGGCGCCCGGUUUCUGGCCGACCCACAACUACGAAUGGCGCGCACGUUGAGGACCAGUAAUAUGGUGCUGCACGACCCGGCUACUCUCAUCAAGCACUACCAAUCCACCGACGACAUCUUCGCCGACCACUUUGCCGUCCGCCAUCGUCUCUAUAAGGAGCGAAAAGCCCGCGAAAUGGCCGGCAUCGAGGCCAAGGUUACGGUGGCCCGUAAUCAGCAUCGCUUUAUGGCGGACGUGAUCGAGGGAAGACUGCAGCCAAACGACGACGAGAUUGUGUGCCGUCUCGUAGAGCGGGGCUACGAUUCAGAUCCGCGGAGGAUUGGAAAGAAUCCCGAGUACGACUACCUGAUCGACGUGCCCAUCCGAAGACUGCGACGGGGCGAGAUGUCGAAGCUCGAAGCGGACAUUCGACAUCUGGAAACACGUCUUCAAGCUACCCAGUGUAGAACCGUCAUCCAGAUGUGGUCGUCCGAUUUGGAUAUUGUCGAGCAGGUCGUUUUUUGC